CGCAGAAGAGAUGCUAGCGGAUCGGGUUAUGUUUACGUCGGUGCUAACACUGGAAAUAAUGUAUCGUUUGUAGCCUGUCAGGUUUGACGGACGCGUGUUUUAUCAUGCGUUUUAUUGCGAUUGACGAUAUAUUUUAACACGCUACGAUCAAUGUCAGCUCACGUGAACGCGUUAUCUCGGUCAGAUAACAAUCCGGUUAUCUCUAUGUUCAUACAAGGCUGUUAAUCGCAGAAUCGAGAUAUUUUCAGGUAAAAAUAGAAGGAAGUCAAAUUGCUUGGGUUUUUCAAUGUGCUUUUCCUACAAUAUUGUUGUUUCUAUCGUGGAAGAUCUGAAAAUCACCGAUGGCGUCAAAAUCAAGGGUCUCCAUUCUGGAUUACUUCAAUAUCGUCUGUGAGGGGGAAAAUGGCAAAAUUGAAUCAAACUGCAAAGCUUGUGGCACACGGAUUCAGGCUAAACGGACCGUCACUUCUAACUUUGUUACACAUUUAAAGCGCAAACAUCAAGCCAUGUAUGACGAGUUUGUAAGAAAAAAGGAUGUAAAAAGAGAGGCAAUGCAGACGUGUGCCGGCCCUCCAACAGGUCGGGUAAUCCCUCAAAGCGGCACUGGGAUGAACAAAUUUGAUUACAGUGACCCACGUCAAUCCCUCAUCUCUGAAGCUAUCGCCAAGAUGAUCAUCCGGGACCUUCAGCCGGCACAGAUAGUGGAAUAUGAAGGUUUUCGUGAGCUGCUCCAGCUCCUGGAGCCCCGUUACACGCCGAUACCCUGUCAUUACAUCCAACAGCAGCUUCUGCCAGCCUAUGUCUCUCAGGUGCAGCAAGCUGCCAAACAGGCCCUCAAAGGUGCUGAAUCCUGCAGCGUGACUCUUGACACUUUGAGUGUUAAUUGUGGGUAUCUUGGAGUGACUUGUCAUUUCAUAAAUACUGAUUGGAAUAUUAGAUCUGCACUUUUGGCGUGCCUACCACUUCCAGGCCACAGCAACACACAGCAGAUGCUCUCUGAGUUCGACGAGAUUUCCGAAUCCCAUGGAAUCUCCGGGAAAGUGUUCCGAGUUGUUGCCGACUCGUCGCCAUCUGAAAAAAGAUCAGCUUUUCGUCUUCCCGGGUUCCAUCUCAUGGGAAACGGUGAAGAAGAUGAGGAAGGGGAGGAUGAUAGUAGUGACGAAGAAGCCGUUGCAGGAGGAAUUAAGGAAGCUGUUAGUAGCAACGAGAACCACAAGUCUUUAGAUCACUGUCUUGGUCAAAGUAGGAUAGACUGUUUUGCUCGAUUAUUGGCUCAGUGUGUUAAGGAAGGAGUUUGCUCUUCCCCGCAGAUAUCGGUUCCUUUAAGCAAGGCCGCCCACCUCUACAACUAUGUUAAUGCUACGGUGGCUCCUGAGAAACUUCUUCACGUGUUUGGCUCGAGUAGUACUUUAGCAGGUGAGCAGGAAUCCUCAUCCACAGACAAGUAUUGGACCGCUCAAUUAAAAAUAAUGCGUCAAAUGGUGGAGUCAAUGGAUUUCCUUGAAGACAUUGUGGAUAGAAAUGACUUAGUCCUCGGUAGCUUAGAAAAAGCUGUGCUCCGGGAACUGGUUGAGGUGCUGGAACCUUUCGAGGAAGCCUCGGACAUGGUCUCUGGAGACAAGCACGUGUCCAUCAGUCUAGCCUUGCCGUGUGUAUUAGGUCUUCGCAAACAUCUGGCAGAGGUCACUACUCAACAGUGUUCUGGGAUUGUGAUGGGAUUGUCUCAAGCCCUGGAGCGCAGACUUGCUGGCAUUCUUGAAGACCCUCUUUUUGUGACAGCCACUACUCUUGACCCACAGUUCAAACUCUCCUGGAGCAGUGACACUGACUGGCACAAGCAGGUGCUGUUGGAGGAGGUUGGAAAGCAUACACAACCUUUGAGUCCACUUGAACAUCAUUCAGAAGCCCAGCCUUCACCGUCAAAACGCUGUAAGCUUUUCUCGUUUAUUAAACAGAGGCCGACCACUCAGGCCAAGACUGUGGAGCAGGAGCUGUCUACGUAUCUCCACGAGGAACCAACAGACGAGGAUCCACUGCAAUACUGGAAGCGAAAGUCCAUUGAUUUCCCCUUGCUCUCGCAAGUAGCCAAGAAAGUUUUUACUGUACCAGCAACGACCACAUCGGUGGAUCAGAUUUUUAACUUGGUUAGCAAGACGCUCGCACCACAGCGAUGUCAAUAUCUGCCAAAAAACUUGGACACUUUGAUUUACUUAAAGGCUAACUAUAAAAUACUUUGGUCCUAACGGCAAAGAAAGCUUUAACGAAAGAUUUUGUCAUGCUUAUUUCAAACCAAACACCUCAAAUGCAAAACGGGGGACGGUGCCUGAUAUGUAUCUGUCAACAUAAAUGGCGUAGAUUUUAAAGGUGCCAAAGAAUGCAUUGAAAUAAUCUGAUAAAUUGUUAUUUGAUAUUUACAUAGAAGGUCUGUAACUUUAUUAAGUUAUUUUCCAGAAAUGCCCAUUUACAACCCUAGGAUUUGUCCUUUGAAUGAAAUUGUCUAUUUUAACCCUAUUUGGAAGGGUCAUGAAUAAUAAUAUUGAGCUCUGCUCUGCUCCGAGGCUCAUGCCAAUAGCUCACAUUAGUAAACUUGUGUUGGGGCGUACAUCUCGACUGUUACAUCGCAGUCUGUGUUGAGAUUGGCCUGUUUUCCAGCAGUCUUUUGCAUGGACGAGGUUUACAUUAGAAGGAGGAAACAAAUGCGUUUGAGGCUCAUGAUAUGUCAUUACCAUGUACAGAACUCUUAUUAUUAAUCUCUGCCUAGGUAAAUACAGGUUUUUAUUCCAUGGCACCUUUAAAAUAGACAUUCCUUUUAUAUUAUGUAUAGUAGACUAGACUUUAUUUAUGUAAGUAUUGGGUAACACAACAAUAAGUUAGCAAGCACUGAUUAGUAGUUCAUGUAGUGUACAUUCAGACAUUUGAAUGUAGGGGUGAGUGGUGCACAACCUAAUGUGGGGUUAUUUGUAACACAGACCUUUCACAUUGUUAAACAGGUUUGAGCGAUUUGUGUUUUGUGCUUUUUUUCUCUCACUAGACGCUAGGGCUGCACAAUUAAUGAAAUAGUUAAUCAGGAUUACAAUUACAUGUGAAGCAAUUACGUAAUCCCCAAAAGCCUCAAUUACAGCUGUCCAUCUGUGCUCAUUUCUAUGCAUUUCGGCAGUAUGUUUGGGCACCAAUGCAGUGGUGAAUCAGAGAUUUUAAAAUGUAUAAGUUGACGUGUCCAUUAGCCAUUUGUUUUUUUAGAUUUUUUACUAACCCUACUGAAAAAUCCAACUAAAACCAGCAUAAGCUGGUGAUCUGAUUUAAGCUGGUUCCCCAGCUUGAUUUAAGCUGGUUUGCCGGUGUAGCAAAAUGGUCUAGCUGUGUUUUGGUCACUUUUUAAGCUGGUCUAGCUGAACCAAGGAAGACUAACUGACCCACAAGCUUGACCAGCUUUGCCAGGCUGGGAGGACCAGCUUAAACCAGUUACUGCCACCUUAAACCAGCUAAAACCAUCUACCAGCUGGAUUUUUCAGUAGGGAACAACAUAAUUCCCAUUGUUAUUUGUGAUUUACAUUAUAUUAUUUAGUUUUGGAUGUAUAGAAUUUACCAUGCAGGUGCUUCACAGAAAGUUAAGAAAAACUUCAAUGUAUAAUCUAUUAAUGGACAAGAAUAAGCGCAAUUACAAUAUCAAUAACUAUGAUUUUUGUCAUAAUCGUGCAGCCCUACUAGACAUGUUUCACAUUACCCUUCAAUUUGACCAAAUAGAAAGACAUGUCAAUUUCGCAAAAGUUUUUACCUCGGGUGAGGUGGUUUUUCUGUCAAUUUAUAAAAAGAAUAUAUCGCAAAAUUGAAAUGGAAAGCUGACAUGCAUAACAGUCAGACAAUCAUUCUUUAAAAUGCAUAUCAUAGGUUAAUGGUAACGCUGUUGUUUCACAGUAGUGACAUUUGGACACCGCUAAAGUUUUUUACACAAACAUUUUAAUUACACAAAUUAGAGCACUCAUUCAUUGUGGAUCAGGAAGGUUUCAUGUCAUACAGAAAGUUCUUGGAGUUUAGUUUAAUUCAGAUUUUUUUUACAUUUUAAUCCCAAUAGCAUUUUGUGAUUUGAUUUGUUUAUAUUUCCCUGUUCAGGCAUAAAGGUCGCGUGUUUCACCACCUCCGCUGUCACUGUCACAUUCAUCUGCUUCAUAUGAUGUUGAACAUGUAAAGUGAUGCACGGUCUGCGUUCAUCUGUUCUCUUCACAAAUAAAUACACACAUUUUAACUUUUA